AGGAAAAACUUCAGCUUUCAGCAUGUCGUACAGCCAGGCUGAAAAUGUUGUUUUAAUUUGUACCAGAGUUCCUUCCAACAUUGAGAACAGCACGUAUGACUUGUACAUGACUCCCAAGGAUGGAGACUUUAGUUCUGAUCCCGAGACUGAGAGAGCUUCUGGUGUCACUGCUAUCUGGGUGGCGAGAAACCGUUUUGCUGUUCUAGAUCGAAGAUACUCGUUGGUGAUUACAAAUCUUAAAAACGAAGUUAUGAAAAACGUCCAGAUUUCCAACUGUGACGAAAUAUUCUACGCUGGAACUGGCAUGCUAUUGUUUCGUGACUCAGCCCAGGUCAUACUAUUCGACGUUCAGCAGAAACGCCAGCUCGCAGAGAUUAGAAUCUCCAAAUAUCGAUACGUAAUAUGGUCAAAUGACAUGUCACACGUCGCCUUACUAUUAAAUUAUAUUUUAAAUAUCUUCAAUCGUAAAUUGGAAUCUCUCUGCUUGAUUUCUGAGAACACGAGAGUCAAGUCCGGAGCCUGAGACGACUCGGGAGUUUUUAUUUACACGACGAGAAACUAUACUAUAUACGCGAUUAACUCUCGCGACCACAAAAUAAUCCGAACGCUGGACUUGCCGAUUUAUGCAACGUGAGUCAAGGGUAACCAAUUCUACUGUGACCGAAAAUGUAGACCUAAAAUCUUGUGAAUCGACCUUACUGAGUAUAAACUCAAGCUUGUUUUGAUUAAUAGAAAGUAUGAGGAAGUUUUGCAUAUGGUAAGAACUGCUAAUUUAGUUGGACAAUCCAUUAUAGCGUACUUAUAACAAAAAAGCUACCCAGAAAUGGCUCUUUACUUUGUAAAAUACGAAAAAACUCGUUUUGGACUUGCUUUGGAGUGCGGAAACAUCGAAGUCACUCUCGAAGCCGCUAGAACUUUAGAUCAAAAAUCUUGCUGGGGUGUUGAGAAUGGUGAAAGUGGAGAAAACGGUAAAGAAGGUGGUGCUGAAUGGAAAGUUGAGGACGUCGAUUUAUCUCCGAAAUUGGAGACCAACAUCGCUGUUGCUGAUGACGGAUACUUUGCAACUCUUACGAAGGGAGUUCCACCGUCUCAUCACUAGGUGAACAAUUCUCAGCUGGCCGUAGACAACAUCCUCGCCGGGUCCUCCGAAACUGCUUGCCGUCUUUUUCAUGACCAAGUUGGUGUUACUGAGUUUCAAGCUUAUCAAGCUCACUUCCUCAACACUUUCGCGAGAUCCAGAACUAGUCUGUCGAAUAUUCCUUCACUAAAUGGAUUCCCGCUGCGUAACUGGAAGAUCACUACGCCUAAAACUGAGCUCCUUGCUGUUGACCUUCAAUUGACGGAGUUGGUCUAACGCUUGCAAGUUUGCUACCAGCUGACAACCGACGGUAAAUUCAUAGAAUCUAUUGAAAAAUUGCAACCUAUCCUUCUGAGCAUUCCUUUGUUGGAUGUUGACACCAGACAGGACAUUGCUGAAGCUCAGCAACUGAUACAAAUUUACCAUGAGUACAUUCUUAAUCUGAAAAUGGAGAGAGAGCGUAAAAAUGCUCCUAAAUUAACACUCACCGAGCAAAAACGAGUUUGCGAGAUGACUGCGUACUUCACCCACUACAAUCUUCACGUCCAUCAAAUUUCGACCCUAAGAACAGCUGUUAAUUUAUUCUUCAAACUAAAGAAUUUUAAAACCACUGCUUCGCUCGCCAGACAGUUUCUCGAAUUAGGAUCAAGAGCUGAAGUUGCUCAAAAAGUCAGAAAAAUUCUUCAGGCUUGUGACAAAAAUCCAGUAGAUGAACACCAACUGCUGUAUGACGAAUACAAUCCGUUCUGACUAUGUGCUUCAACUUAGACGCCAAGGUAUCUACUCGCUUGAUGACGUUUACAUUAGCAAAGUCAAAUUUUUGAAGAAACCAAGAUUUGAACUCAGUAAAUUACUUUAGUUAUACGGCAAUGGUGAA